AAUAAUAAUACGGCUUCGAUUGAAAUAAUAUGUCAUCGUGAACAAGAAAGUUUCGUUGUUGUAUACCGUUUUCUCUCAGAAGUAUUUGCUAGUAAAGGUGUUUGUGGAAAAAAGUUUGGAUUUACGCAUGUGAUAAUGUUCCGCAACCAGUACGACAGCGACGUGACGGUGUGGAGCCCCCAGGGCCGCCUGCACCAGGUGGAGUACGCGAUGGAGGCCGUGAAGCAGGGCUCGGCCACGGUCGGCCUCAAGAACGGCACGCACGCCGUCCUCGUGGCGCUCAAGCGGGCCUCGUCGGAGCUGUCCGCCCACCAGAAGAAGAUCUACCCCAUCGACGACCACAUCGGCAUCACCAUCUCCGGCCUCACCGCGGACGCCCGCAUACUCUGCCGCUACAUGCGCACAGAGUGCCUGAACCACAAGUACUCGCACGACGCCCUGCUGCCCGUCAGCCGGCUGAUUGCCAACCUCGGCAACAAGAUGCAGGUGUGCACGCAGCGCUACGACCGCCGCCCGUACGGCGUGGGCCUGCUGGUCGCUGGCUACGACGACCAAGGGCCGCACGUGUACCAGACGUGUCCCUCGGCCAACUUCUUCAACUGCAAGGCCAUGGCGGUGGGGUCGCGCUCCCAGAGCGCCCGCACCUACCUGGAGAAGCACUUCGACGAGUUCCCGACGUGCCCCACGGAGGAGCUGAUCAAGCACGGCCUCCGAGCGCUGCGCGACACGCUGCCCAACGAGGUGGAGCUCAGCGCCAAGAACGUGUCGAUCGGGCUGGUGGGGAAGGGCGCGCCGUUCCGCAUGCUGGACGAGGAGCAGACGGCGGGCUACCUGCGCAUGGUGGAGGGGGAGGAGAAGAGGACCACAGGGGGCGAGUCCCAGCCCGAGGAGGCCCCCCAGCCCCCGCCGGGCGACGACGCCCCCCCACGGGACCCCGUCCCCGCCGUCGCCAUGGACACUGACUAGGCCCCUGUACCGCGCCAACGCUCAAUAAACUACUGCUGCUCUUUC